GUUUUUUCAAUUCUGAUGAUUAUGUUACUGUAGGUUUUGUGCUUCAGCAAAGCAGGGAAGCCUAAGUCUGUUCAACCAGUUGCAGUCCAACAGGCGCAACAAAUUCAGAUGUUCCAGUUACCAGCGACUUUACAAAAGACUCUACACCAAAACAAAGCCAAGGAUGAGAUCCAUGUGUGCUUGAACAAACUGAUGAGUGAACUGAACAAAGCAGGAGCUCAGCAUAUACUCAGCUUGGCCAAUCGGCUUAAUGGAAAGCAGAGCUACCAUUUUGUAGAGAGAGAAACUAAACCAGUGCAGAUGAUGAAUCAGACAGCCAUGUUUCCCCUGGCCUUUAUUCCUGAGAUGCAGUGCAAGAUUCAUGAAAUGCCAUAUGAGGGCCAGGAGCUCAGCAUGCUAAUUAUGCUACCUGUUGUUAUUGAAGAUGAUACUACUGGCACUUGAGAAGGGAGGUGGGGCUCAGAGGGGCGGUGAGCUGAUAAAUAACACGGUCACACACACUGAGGAACACUGCGUUUGAUCAGACACCAGAUCACUUCAACAGUACAGGAGCAGAGGUUUUGCAGAAUGGAGUCUCUUUCAAUGGCAAACACCAAUUUUGCCCUUCACUUGUUCAGCAAGAUCAAGGAAGGCAACAAAACCAACAAUAUCUUCUACUCUCCUCUCAGCAUCUCUUCUGCACUGUCCAUGGUGCUUCUAGGAGCUGCAGGCAAUACGGCAACUCAGAUCUCUGAGGUUUUGUGCUUCGACAAAGCAGGGAAGCCAGUAGCAGUCCAACAGGCACAACAAACUCAGAAGUCCCAGGUACCAGCGGCUUUACAAAAGACCCUACACCAAAGCAAAGCUAAGGAUGACAUCCAUGUCAGCUUCAACAAACUACUGAGUGAACUGAACAAAGCAGGAGCUCCUUAUACCCUCAGCCUGGCCAAUCGGCUUUAUGGAGAGCAGAGCUACCAGUUUAUGGAGAAGUUUCUGAAUGAGACAAAAACACACUACAAAGCUAAGCUGGAAACUGUUGACUUUAAAUCAAAUGCAGAAGCUUCACGUGUCAAAAUUAAUAACUGGGUAGAGAAACAAACUAAAGAAAAGAUCAAGAACCUGCUGGCAAAAGGAACUGUUGACAAUUUGACGAAACUUGUCUUGGUGAACGCCAUCUACUUAAAGUGCAACUGGGAGAAGCAGUUUGACCAAUAUAGCACAAAGGAGCAUCCUUUCAAGAUGAACAAGACAGAAACUAAACUAGUGCAGAUGAUGAAUCAGACGGCCAUGUUUCCCCUGGCCCUUAUUCCUGAGAUAAAGUGCAAGAUUCUUGAAAUGCCAUAUGAGGGCCAGGAGCUCAGCAUGCUAAUUAUGCUACCUUUUGAGAUUGAAGAUGAUACUACUGGCCUUGAGAAGAUUGAGAAACAUCUCACCUAUGAGAAGUUCAUAGAGUGGACUGAUGGGAUGAAGGUGGCAGGGGUGCAAGUGUCUUUACCGCGGUUUAAACUGGAGGACACCUAUGACAUGAAGGAGCUGCUCAUUGGCAUGGGCAUGGUAGAUGCCUUUAACCCGGUCAAGAGUGAUUUUUCACGCAUGUCUCCGUGUAAAGAUCUGGUAGUCUCCAAGGUUGUGCAUAAGUCAUUUGUAGGGGUGAAUGAGGAAGGCACUGAAGCAGCUGCGGCUACCGGAGUUGUCAUAACUUCAAAGUCUGCAAUAAUUGCAUUCCAGGAAUUUGUGGCUGACCACCCCUUUCUUUUUUUCAUUCAACACAAAUCAACCCGAAGCAUUCUCUUUAGUGGCCGCUACAGCUCUCCUUAAAUUGCCUAACUUGCAGGUAGACAGAUUGGCUACACUAAAUUGUCCCUUUGUGUAAAUGAGUGAGUAAAUGUAAAGGUGACAGGUGAGCAGAUUGAGGAAAUGCUAAACAAUGACCAGUGGAACAUCUUUAGUAAGAACCUAGUCACAGAAGGGAAAACAGCACAGUCUGCCUUCAGCCAAAUCAAAAAGGUCCUUUAAGAAAGCUUUUUAAAUUUACUUGAUAAUAUUAAA